AUGGAGUCUGCCCGUAGCUCAGUUGAAGCUUACCUGCCGCCUGAGGCGUGGGUGCAUGUGCUUUCGUUUGUGGACGCCGAAAGCAUUGCGAACCGUGUCAGUCUCGUUUCGCACGCCUUCCACGCGUUGGCCACCGAGCCGCAGCUCUGGCGCCGCCUCGUACUCCGCGACUUCCCCGCCUCCGCUUCCUCAGCAGACCCUACUGACAAGUGCAACCUGUACGAAGGCGAGCCCGAUGGCUGGCGCAAGACCUUCUACGCCCACCGCUGGCUUCAGCGCUCGAAGCGGCCCCGGUUCUGUGUUCUGGGCCACGUUGACUGCGGCAAGUCGACCCUCGUGGGGCGCAUGCUGCUGGGUUUAGGGCAGAUCACCCAGAAGGAAGUCGACCGGCAUGGAGAAGCCGCCAUGAUGAUAGGCAAGUCGUCGUUCAAGUACGCGUGGUGCUGCGACACCACUCUAGUCGAGCGAGAGCGUGGCAUCACGAUCACAUGGAAGGCAAAGCAGUGCAGGCUGACCAGUGGCCGUGAGAUCGAAGUCGUGGACGUGCCGGGCCACCGCGAUUUUAACAGGAGCGCGUUCAUCGCAGCGUCAAUGGCUGAUGUGGCGAUGCUCGUGGUGGCCGCUGGCGUUGGCGAAUUCGAAGCGGGCAUCAACGAAUCUGACUGGGGAGUCUUGGGCGGCACCAUUCAGCACCUGAUGCUUGCAAAGAGCCUCGGCAUGUCCAAGGUGAUCGUGGUGGUCAACAAGAUGGACUCCAGCGGCGUCAAUUACAGCGAGCACCGCUUCACCGAGAUCAAGGACGAGGUGUUGCGCAUCGCGAGCCGCGUGGGAUUCAAGCCAGAAGACUUGGUGGUGGUGCCCAUCUCGGCGUGGACCGGUGAGAAUGUGGUGACCGCGCCGUCUUCGUUGUCCUGGUACAAGGGUCCCAUGCUGUUCGAGGUCAUGGAGCAGUCGGCGAGCGCCGUCACGGAGUCAGCGCCCGGCGAGGUGGCGGCGGCCAAGCGACCGGUGUUCGGUCCCGCGCGCAUAUCGGUCCUGCGACGAGCGAACAAGAGGUGCACCGGCGCCACGGACACGCAGAAGCAGGAGGAGGUGGUGGAGGCGCUGGUGCAGUCUGGAAUGGUGCGCGAGGGCCAAGUCCUGGAGGCCGUCGUGGUGGCGCCCAUCGCCACUGCCCGUCGCCACAGCCGUCGCGGGCACAUCUUGCCAAAGCCGACCACCCUCGCUACCUUCACCGUGGUCAGCAUUCAGCGCUUUGACAAGCCCAGGUACACACGCAUGUGUGCAUGUGCAUGUUUCCUGUGGUGUUCGUGCAAC